CCCUGCCUGCUGACAGCGCAGCUUCAUGCGCUGCCGCUGCCUUCGCGCGCCAAUCUCGCCUCCCGUGUGCCCCGCGCCACGGCAUCUCGGUCCCGGCUCAGGCCGCUCCAUUCCCGCUCCGCCACGCUCCCACGAGAGCACGCACGGAGACGCCUCACUCUCCUGCUGCCGCAGCCGCGCUCGACCCGUCGGUUCGCUGAAAUUCUCCCUCUGCUGCUUACAUAGCUAGCCAGCCAACCAGCGCGUUCGCAUGGACAUGGGGAUCGCGCGGGUGGCGGCGCCGCCGCACCUCGCGUGCUCCGCGCGGCCCACCGGCGGGUCGCUCGGAGUGGGGGCAGCGCGUCCAGGGACGGGCACGCAAAGCGGACGGGGAAGAAGUAGGUGUCGCCCCCCGCGUCCGCCCAACUCGGUGCCGGACCCGAGAGCGCGCCACCCCGACCACCCGGCCCUCGAGACCGGCGAUGCGGACGGGAGGAGCGUCAACGGCGGCGCCAAGCCGCACGCGCAGGCCGCGCCGCGGGGGAGGCGCGCCGCCGCGGACGUGGAGGACGAAGGGUGGGAGCUCCUCCGGGAGUCGGUGGUGCGCUACUGCGGCAGCCCCGUGGGCACGAUCGCGGCGUGCGACCCGGACGACCCCACCCCGCUCAACUACGACCAGGUGUUCAUCAGGGACUUCGUGCCCUCGGGCGUCGCUUUCCUGCUCAAGGGGGAGCACGACAUCGUCCGCAAUUUCAUCCUCCACACCCUGCAGCUCCAGAGCUGGGAGAAAACAAUGGACUGUCAUAGCCCAGGUCAAGGCUUGAUGCCAGCUAGCUUCAAGGUGCGUGUCAUUCCCCUUGAUGGUGAGGACGAUGCCAUUGAGGAAGUCUUGGAUCCUGAUUUUGGUGAGGCUGCAAUAGGCCGUGUGGCACCAGUUGAUUCAGGGUUAUGGUGGAUCAUAUUGUUGAGGGCAUAUGGAAAAUGUUCAGGGGACCUUUCAGUUCAGGAGAGAAUCGAUGUGCAGACUGGAAUAAAAAUGAUCGUGAAGCUUUGUUUAGCUGAUGGUUUCGACAUGUUCCCCACAUUGCUGGUCACUGAUGGCUCGUGCAUGAUAGAUCGUCGAAUGGGAAUACAUGGGCACCCUUUGGAAAUUCAGGCACUGUUCUACUCUGCUCUCUUGUGUGCACGUGAGAUGCUUACCCCUGAAGAUGGAUCAGAUGACCUAAUUCGUGCCAUGAAUAACAGGCUUAUUGCACUCUCUUUUCAUAUCAGAGAGUAUUAUUGGCUUGACAAGAGAAAGCUGAAUGAGAUAUACCGAUACAAAACAGAGGAAUACUCUUAUGAUGCUGUAAACAAGUUUAACAUAUACCCUGAUCAGAUCCCUUCCUGGUUAGUUCAAUGGAUUCCUCCUAAAGGCGGUUACUUCAUCGGAAACCUGCAGCCAGCUCACAUGGAUUUCCGAUUCUUCUCCCUGGGAAACUUGUGGUCAAUAGUAAGCAGCUUAGCAACAGACCAUCAGUCUCAUGCUAUCUUGGAUCUGAUUGAAGCCAAAUGGACUGAUUUGGUGGCGGAGAUGCCAAUGAAGAUAUGUUAUCCUGCUCUUGAAGAUGAAGAGUGGAAGUUCAUAACUGGGAGUGAUCCCAAAAACACACCUUGGUCUUACCAUAAUGGAGGUUCCUGGCCAACAUUGUUGUGGCAGCUCACGGUGGCAUGCAUCAAGAUGAACAGGCCGGAGAUCGCAGAAAGAGCUGUGGAGGUGGCCGAGAGGCGUAUUGCCAGAGACAAGUGGCCUGAAUACUACGACACCAAGCGAGCGCGGUUCAUCGGGAAAAAAUCUCGCCUCUUCCAGACCUGGUCCAUCGCCGGGUUCCUCGUGGCAAAGCUGCUGCUAGAGACGCGUGAUAAAUCCAGGAUACUCUGCAACAACGAGGACGAGGAUAUUCUUAACGCUCUGAGUCUCAUGGCAGAUGGAUCCAGUCCGAGGAGAAGGCGUGGCAAGCGAGUGCCAAAGACCUAUAUCGUGUAGAUUCAGCAGUCUUCAGCCUGUGGUCAUACACUCAUACUCAUUGGUCUUCUCGUGUGUGUGUGUGUGGCUCACUGGGUAAAUUUUUGUAGAUAAAAGCGUUGUAUGGUUAUGGCAUUAAACAAUCUCCAGGUUUACUACAAUAAUGGAAAGAUCACAAUGCAGUAUAAUUAUAUUCAA